AUGCAGCUCCUGAUGAGGGUGCCUUCUCUUCCCGAGCGGGGUGAGCUGGACUGCAACAUCUGCUACCGCCCCUUCAACCUUGGGGCCCGCGCGCCCCGCCGCCUACCCGGCACGGCGCGCGCUCGCUGCGGCCACACACUGUGCACCGCUUGCCUGCGCGAGCUGGCGGCGCGGGGCGACGGUAGCCGCCCGGCCGCGCGCGUGGUGCGCCUGCGCCGCGCUGUCACGUGCCCGUUCUGCCGCGCGCCUACCCCGCUCCCGCGCGGCGGCGUCUCGGAGAUCGCGCUAGACCCCGACUUGUGGUCACGGCUGGAGGAAAAAGCGCGGGCUGAGCGGGAACGAGACCCGAUGGGGAGCCCGGCUAAGAAAAGCGGAGACAACGGAGAGGACGACGGCGACGGGGAAGACGAGAGCGCGAAGGGGGCGGGACCUACAAGUGCGGGUUGGCGCGCGCUUCGCCGGAUCGUGGACAGGGUCCUGGCGCCAGCGCGCCGCUUGCGGCGUCCGUUGCCUAGCAAUGUGCUCUACUGUCCAGAGGUCAAGGACAUUGCCCACAUGACCCGUUGCACGCUGUAACCGAAGAACCUGGGAGCUGUGGCAGAAGGCAGGUGGGAGUUGCAUCUUGGGGCAUGCUCUCAUACAAAGGGUUGAUGUCAAGACUACCCCCUCUGAUGCUGGACUUGGUACGUUCGUGAUGGCAUUGAACAGAAAGUACCCUAGGUGGCGUGAAUUUUGAGCGGCGGAGGCUCCUGGACUGUGUAUUCAUUGUAUUCAGGAUGGAAGUGGCCAAAGGAUAAUAAUACAAAGCUUACCAUAAUGUGGGAAGAAAACACACAAAAGCUAUAGCUUUGGCGUUUGUUCAGGGAGGCGGUGGUGUAAGAUCCCAUUUUAGCAGUGGUCAGUGGUUGGAAAUGUUUACUUAAAAAAAAAAAAAAGACAGGACAGAGGAUAAGUUAAUUAUCAUGCCAAUCCCGUGUAUCUGGUUAUGUGUGUAUGCUGGUAUGCCAUCUUCCCACUCUUGGUUCCUUGUUCCAGAAAUUACUGAGUUGCCUCCCUGAUUAUGAUUGGAAGUCUUGCUUCAGCUUGAUAAGGCAGAUAUGAAAAUGUCCAAGGAGUGUUUAUAUGAGGCCUUAAUUAAGGCUUAUCAAGGAUGGGUGAGCCAUUUGAUAAAGGAAUCAGAAUUUAACCUUAUGUUAUCUUUACAGACUUGGUAGCAAUAUUGAAAAAAAAAUCACAUAAUUUUAAGUUUGUGUCCCAUGAUGGGACAUUGCUUAUUUUAUGUGAUUAGUUCUAUUUUAACGUCCUGUAAAUAUCUUACCAUAGACUUAAAAUCAAGACCAGCAGUGCUGGUCUCACAGCUUGCUAGAAGUGCAGAAUUUCAGGACCUCAGUCCACAUUCCCUGACUCCAUUUUCAGAAUCCCAGGUGAUCUAUGUGUAUAUAAGUUAAGAAGCACUGGUUCAGAUCUUCCUCACUCUGGGAUGUCAUCAUCAUCUGUGGGUGGAACAUUUAACACACUAUGACACACUGCCUUAAAGUUCGGAAGUGACAUUCUAUUGUGGAAGGAAACUUUUUUUCUGAGCUAAAAAUGUGAAUUUACAGUAGGCCUCAGUUUUCAGAGGUCUUUAAGAGCUUUUUACUGACAAAUAAUAAUGUAUCUAGUUGUAGAGUGUAAACCUGUUUUAGGAAUGUCUUGUCAUUUGCCUGUUCUUGAUGUCAGCUUCAGUGUUCCCUUGUGGAGGCCAGCACGCAUCUGCUGUGAUGGGCCUUUUUGUUACAUUUCUGUAUGUGUGCUGUCAGAACGAAUGCUACAUUAAUCUUCUAAUGUUUUAUGUUUUGAGUGUUUCCAGAGUGUAAACGCCAAAUGACUAUCUCCAGAGCCAACAGCAGUGUUAAUGUAUAUGUACUCAAAAAAUGUUUGCUGAA